CUAUAAAGGCGGCGGAGGCGGCGGGAGGCAGGAGCGGCAUCCGGGCGGGCGCGGAGGCGGCGGCGCAUCUGCGGCAGACCUAACGGGGACGGACGGACGAACGCGCGAACGGGCGAGGGAUGGAGGCGGCCGGCCCCGCGCAGCAGGGGAAGGGGAAGCUGACGGCGUCCCUGCUCGCCGCUGUGUCUGUGGCGGCGAUCGGAUCCCUCCAGUUUGGGUACAACACGGGAGUCAUCAACGCCCCCGAGAAGAUCAUCAAGGACUUUCUCAACACCACCUGGAUAGAGCGGACGGGACACCACAUCCCGGAUAGCCUGCUGACCGCUCUGUGGUCCGUUUCGGUGGCCAUUUUCUCAGUCGGAGGGAUGAUUGGCUCUUUCUCCGUUGGUUUUUUUGUCAACCGCUUUGGCAGGCGAAACUCCAUGCUGCUGGUGAACGUUCUGGCCAUCGCAGCUGGCAUCUUGAUGGGCUUCUCCAAGCUGGCCAGGGCGGUGGAGAUGCUGAUCAUCGGGCGCUUCAUCGUUGGGGUCUUUUGUGGCCUCUGCACCGGCUUUGUGCCCAUGUACAUCAGUGAAGUCUCCCCGACUACCUUGCGGGGGGCUUUUGGCACCCUGAACCAGCUGGGCAUUGUGGUGGGCAUCCUGGUGGCCCAGAUCUUCGGCCUGCAUGUUAUCCUGGGGACGGAAGCUCUCUGGCCCGUCUUGCUGGGGUUCACCAUCAUCCCAGCCCUCCUGCAGCUCCUGGCCCUCCCCUUCUGCCCGGAGAGCCCCCGUUUCCUGCUCAUCAACAAGAUGGAGGAAGAGAAGGCCGUCAAAGUGCUCCAGAGCCUGCGGGGUGUCCAGGAUGUGUCCAGCGACAUCCAGGAGAUGAAAGAGGAAAGCGCCAAGAUGUCCCAGGAGAAGAAAGUCACCAUCCCAGAACUCUUCCGCUCCCCCAGCUACCGCCAGGCCAUCAUCAUCGCCAUCGCCUUGCAACUCUCGCAGCAGCUCUCGGGCAUCAACGCGGUUUUCUACUAUUCCACUGGGAUCUUCAGUGAUGCUGGAGUGGAGCAACCAGUUUAUGCCACCAUCGGGGCCGGCGUGGUCAACACCGUCUUUACUGUGGUGUCGCUCUUCCUUGUGGAGCGAGCGGGACGUCGGACCCUGCACCUGAUUGGCUUAGGGGGCAUGGCUGUCUGCGCAACCCUCAUGACGGUGGCCUUGGCGCUGAAGGACAUAGUGACUUGGAUCAGCUACGUCAGUAUUUUUGGCACUUUUGCCUUUGUGGCUCUCUUUGAAAUUGGACCUGGACCGAUCCCGUGGUUCAUUGUGUCCGAGCUCUUCAGCCAGGGCCCUCGUCCUGCAGCUGUGGCGGUGGCUGGUUUCUGCAAUUGGGCCUCCAACUUCCUGGUGGGCAUGCUCUUCCCCUAUGCAGAGAAAUUAUGUGGGCCUUAUGUUUUCCUGAUCUUCGUUGCCUUCCUUCUCUUCUUCUUCUUCUUCACCUUCUUCAAAGUCCCUGAGACAAAAGGCAGGACUUUUGAAGACAUCUCCAGUGGGUUUGAGAGGCGAACCGCGAACGGUCUUGCUCCAGCGACUGGCAACAAGAGCUCAAUGGUGGAAUUAACUAGCAUUCAGCCUAAGGAAGAUGCCUAAUCCCGCCAUCCUUGCUUGUCUCUGAAAGGAGCUCUCCCUUGUAACCACUGCUGUGAUUCCCCAAGUCCUCCGUGUGUUUUCCUGGUCCUUGCCAUGACUUCAGUGCUCCACUAGGACAAGAGGAAGGCGGCUGUUUAUCUUGCCAUCCUCCUUCCGGCCACGUACCUCCUGAGGACUGAGGAAUGGCCCUUUGAGCUCCUUGAAUCUUACGUGGAGGCUAAACCGUGUUUGUGUUGGUCACUCAUGUCUUACAGGCCAGUUCCUUGUGAGUUAACCCUCCCUUCCUCCUGAUGUUUUACAGUGUUUCCUGCAGGGUGAAGUGCAACACACUGGAAUUUACUGAAAUGCCAGGCAAAGAGACAUUUUGCUCCACUUCGUCAAAUGGAGGUUUACUUCUAUGUUUGGGAAAUUAUGAUCAGAACUACUUUUUUAUUUGCCAGUUUUAAUUUAUUCCUUACGUCACUUUACUUGGAAAUAUUUAUUUUUAUGCAAUAUUCCUCUCCUCUGAGUAUAAAGACUAGAAAUAAGCAUAAGAUGGCCUUUAAAAAAAAAAGUCCUAGCGAUGGUGGGGUACCAAAGAGACCAAGGGUGGGUGGUGCCUCCCUUGAGCCUGGAAAAGGGGACCCCCCAGCUGACACCCUUGGAACCAGCCGUCAAGGGUCCCUUGAAAGUGGGGAAGUUAAAGGCAUGGCGUGGGGAGCACAGGUGGAGGGCGGAGGUCCUGCCAGUCAGGGGGAGACCUGCCCUUCCCACUGGGGAGAACCCCAGGCCUGCCCGGAUAGGGUGGGGGAGGGGGAGCUUUGGGGUUUGCACCCCUUCCCUAAGAGCUUCUGUCUGCCGGGCUCUCAUGCCAGGGAGUCACCGGAAGGACUUGCCUGGGGCAUCUAGGGGGGCUCCCUGAUGGGGUCUGAGGGACGGCAAAGGCAGGGGCGGGGGUGCCUUCUGGGACCAAAGAUGGUGGGCCCCAUCAUCCUCUCCCACUUUAACAAUUGGGGCUGCAGACUGUGAAUUCCCAAAGAACGGAGGGGCAGGGCAGCAUUUUAGUGCCAGCCCCAAAGGUCGCCCAUUCGGGGGGGGGGCAACUUGGAUAAACAGCAAGAUGGUCAAGAUGGUCUUGGGCUGGGGAGUCUUCUCCAGGGCCCCCCUCCAUCCAAUUACUUCCUGAGGGGGUGCCCUUCCCCAUUGAUCUUAAAGGGGCAGCGUUGGAAUGGUGCAGCUGCAGCUCUUGACCUUAUUGGCCCCCACCCCAGACAUCCCUGGAGCAGUCCUUUGUCUUGUAAAGAAGGAAAUAUAGAGAAUUUUUAAUUCUCCAGACACUUUUGACCUACUGAUUCUGGUGACUGAUUUAAUUUCCUCCUUUAUGAUAUGAUUACAUUAAAAAAAAUAUCAGAUGUUAUUUGCUAAAGUGUAUUUUUGCAAUUUUUUGUUGUUAGAUGAAAUCAAAGGUGAAAUUUUGAGGAUGAAGAAUAGGCAGCUAAGACUUCAGAUGAAGGAACUUAGAGACCAAAGCUAUCAAAUAAAAGAACUAAAGUAUAGUUUUUUCCUGAUCUAUUUAUUUAUUGGAAAGAAUUAAAGAAUUAAAUGGUAUAUAUUUAUAUAAUGCAAAGUGACUUUGCUGGUUGCUCUUUCUAUGGCUAGGGGACAAAGUCCUAGUCUGGAUUAAGAGCUCCCAGGGGUGUGAACCUUCCUCGGGGGUCUGGAAUAGACCCUCCUGGGCCCCCCUCUUCCCACGGCUCUGCUGGGAUGCUGCUGAUUCUCCAGGACGGUCACGUAGGCCAGGAGAGGGACCCGCCUUCUCCAGCUCAGCCUCUCUCUGCUGGGAGGGAUGUUGAGCAGCUACCCGGCUGUAAAAGAGAGUCGAAGAUUGAAAGGUAGACGGGGGAUACGGCGCAAAAGUUGGGAUCUUCUGGAUGUGUCUAUGUCUGGUUUAAUUGGAAGCUGGCAAAAGGGAAGGAUGGUUUCUGGAGUGUGGCUUGACUGCCUGCCUCAACCGACCUCUGGAAUAGUUUGCAUUCUCUCUCUUCCUUCAGAAAUCUGUACCUCAUCUCCAUCCUGCCUUGUUUUUCUGAAUACUUUUUUAAAAAAAUCUUUAUUUAGCCCACUGAAUGCUCGUUUAUCUCCUCCCUUCCAACAGAGAAACUGUGGGAGUGCAAAAUAUUCCACACCUGAAGUACGUUUGUAAGUUUUUGGUUUCUUGUGUGGUGAAGAAUUUUAUAAAUGUUAUUGUGAAUGUGUCAUUUUUUAAAAAAAUAAAUAAAACAAAACAAAACUUUUGGCUGGA